GACAACCGCGACCAUGCGCAGUGCGGUGCUGCUCGGUCUCGCUGUGCUGCUCGUCUGCUCAGCUGCGUCUGCAGCCAACGCACUCUCGCGCCGUCACCGUGACGCCGUGCCGUUCGUGGAUGACCCCGACAAGCGCGUGUGGGGCGACGACGAGGCAACCGCCAUGGAGCUGGACACGCCUCCUGAGUCUCGUAAAGACGCAUGUGAAGGCCACUUCUGCGCGCGUGGGCGCGUGUGUCGCGUGGACGUCGGCAACGAUCCUGUCUGCGACUGUCGCCCCUUCUGUCCCCGGCACCGCAAGCUCGUGUGCGGGACGGACGGCCGCCUCUACCUCAACCACUGCGAGCUGCACCGCACCUCCUGCGCUUCGAGUUUGACGUCGCAUUCGCCUGUAGUUGACGAGUCAACGGACACGACGUCGACCGACGCACCCGUCAAGAAAUGCACCGUCCAGCAAUACGACGUCCUCAAGGUCAGUCCGACGUACCCAAGGUCAGUCCGACGUACCCAAGGUCAGUCCGACGUAUUCAAGGACGGUUCGACGUCAUCAAGGUCAGUGCGACGUACCCAAGGUCAGCCCGACGUACCCAAGGUCAGUGCGACGUACCCAGGCGAUUAUAAAGAUCUGCUCUGCGAGGGCCAUUACGGCAGUAAAGCGGCGCCGGCGCGGCGAUAUUGCGGUCAUUCCAGACACCAGCGCCCGACCAUCAGGAGCCGCUGUCGUGGCUCAUCAGGCGCCGCUGUCAUGGCUCAUCAGGCGCGUUGUCGUGGUUCAUCAGGCGCUGCUGUCGUGGCUCAUCAGGCGCCGUUGUCAUGGCUCAUCAGGCGCCGUCGUGGCUCAUCAGGCGCCGCUGUCGUGGCUCAUCAGGCGCCGCUGUCGUGGCUCAUCAGGCGCCGUUGUCGUGGCUCAUCAGGCGCCGCUAUCGUGGCUCAUCAGGCGCCGCUAUCGUGGCUCAUCAGGCGCCGCUGCCGUGGCUCAUCAGGCGUCGCUCUCGUGGCUCAUCAGGCGCCGCUGUCGUGGCUCAUCAGGCGCCGCUGUCGUGACUCAUCAGGCGCCGCUCUCGUGAUCGCUGUCGUCAUUGUUUCGAGCGACGCCGACCUGAAGCAGCUGUCAGACUCGUGCUCCCUGAAGGACCUCCUUCGCUACGACGACCUCGACACAGACGGUCACCUCAACCUCAACGAGUUCUACACCGCCUUCAGUAAGUUGUACAGCGUGUCGGUGGUGUCGCUGGACAAGGCCCUGGAGGUGAACGUAGUGUCGGCGCGCGUAGGGGACAACCUCGAGAUUAAGUGUGACGUCACCGGCACCCCCACGCCCCCCAUUGUCUGGAGGAGGAAUGGGCUCGAUCUCGCCGCACUCAACUCUGAGGACAUUCGUGUGUUCGUGGACGGAUCGCUCUACCUGACGCGCCUGCAGCUCCUCGUGCACGCAGGAAACUACACGUGUCAUGCUGACCGAAACAGCGACGUCGUGCAGACACACGUGCUCCACGUGCACACGGUGCCGCGCGUACAAGUGACGCCCCACAUCCAGGACCUGCGGCCUGGCGAGGAGGCGCACAUGAGCUGUCGCGCUACGGGCGAGCCUUUCCCUAAGGUUGAGUGGCUGAAGAACGACGAGCCGCUGCGCGUGGACAUCCCCCACAAGUACGAGGUGCUCGGCAACGGAACGCAACUCCGCGUCCGCAACAUCGGCUUUGCGGACACCGGAGCCUACAUGUGUCAGGCGGGGGGCGUGGGGGGUGUGGCCCGCGAUAUUAGUUCCCUGGUGGUGCAGGAGAACCCUCUGCAGAGGGAGCCGCUGCAAAACUCUAGGUUCUUGGUGUUCCACGACAUGGGGCUGUCGGCGUACGAGCCUGACACGUGCCGCCUCCUCCACGUCGUGCAGGGCACUGACGUCAUCCCUGGCACGCAGGAGUACGUUUGUGGCGAUAAAGGUGAGCAUCGCACGCGCCUGACGCGGAAAAAACGUAGAAAACGAGGGGAGCCGCUGCAAAACUCUAGGUUCUUGGUGUUCCACGACAUGGGGCUGUCGGCGUACGAGCCUGACACGUGCCGCCUCCUCCACGUCGUGCAGGGCACUGACGUCAUCCCCGGCACGCAGGAGUACGUUUGCGGCGAUAAAGCACCUUUGGUACUCAUGCAGGUGAUAGUAACCGACCAGUACCCCGUGGACCUGUGGUACGUCGCCAGCCUGGACCAAGUCUGGGUACUGAACUGGCGCUGAGGGCAUCAAGACCAUACAGGCGGUGAGGGCAUCAAGACUAUACAGGUCAUCAGGUACGCGUCGCAGAAAAAGAAGCACCACACGGUGCACCCCGAGCCCAUCGACGGCCAUUUCGACCUGGUCAAGAACUUGUUCAUCCCUCCCACUCAGGACCUGGGCCACGACUUCCGCUACGCGUACGUGACACACACCAACCAGCGCGGCCUGUACAAACUCGACUUGGCCAACAUGAAGUACGUCAAGACCGUAGACCUGACGCCCUACAACUGCGUGCCGCAGGGACUCGUCUAUUCUUCCCUACGUGAGUUGUUAAUUAAUAAGAAUUAAUAAGAAUUAAUUAAUGCUCUGGUACUAGACUACCUCACGGACGCGGUGGUAGGAGUCAAGUCGUCGCUGGUAGGGCAGCCCUAUGUCACCCCGGACUCACAACUCGUCGUGACGGUUGAUACCAAGUCUCGUGUCAAGAUCGUCGUGCAGAGAGUUACUGAGCACGGGCUGGAUUACCUCUACGACGUGAGCACGACACUGAACGUGUCUGACAUCACCUUCUUCCCGUCCCGCGUCAGCCACAGCUACGACCUCUUCGCUGCCAGCACCGACAAGGAUGAUAUCCUCUCCCUGGACCUUCAAACUGGCAAGGUUGAACUCAUCACCGGCGUCGGUCACCCCAUGCCCGGUAACCUCGCUGAGUGGGGUAAUACAAACCGCCCCAUUACCUCGUCAGGGGUGUUCGGCCACUACAUGGUCUCCCCGUCAGAUGGGGCAGUUUUCGUCCUCAAUGGGGAUGCACGAACCGUCAACUGCGAAAUCGGUUCGCUGGUUCAUCCACGUUUUUCGCUCUGGAUGACGCGGCCUCAAGGCUAGAAGGGUAAAUCUUACCCAUCCAGAAAGAAAUAGCUUCGUAUCAGAGUGGAAAACUCCUUCCUUCCAUCUCGAGAUAAAUAUUUCAAUGCCGUUUAAUGGAUAAUAUACUUUUUUUCUGAAAUAUUUCCCGGAGUCAGGAAGUUUACUAUUCUGAACCUGGAUUCUCCCGGAACCUUGCAGUUUACUAUUAUAGUUUACUUAUAUUUUGAACAAACUUCCGGAACACAAGUGUACUUUGUGUAAAUCAGUCAAGUGAACAGCACUCGCAAGACUGCCUCUUUAGAUCCAGCCUGAGCGAUUUAAUGUUGAAACUAAACCGAUCUACAAAAUUAAAUGUUGAAAAAGUGGACAAUGCAAUUAUAUAUUUUUUCCUAGAAAAUUCAAAGUAUAAAUGAUCAUUCGAUGUUAUUUAUAUAUCAAUUUGAAUCAUAAUUGGUUUACAGGAACAUAGAUAUCCGCCAUCGCAAUAUCGAGAUAUCCAUUGCGAUUGGUGAAAUUCCUGGUUAGUUUAUGAGCGAUGCUACUGAUAUAAUUUACCGUUGUGCUUAAAAUUAUUUUCUAAUAAAAUGUCAUAAUCUGAGUGCCUGCAGGUCCUAUCUUUUCCUGGAGGAAACUCAAUUAUCAUUAUUAAAUGAGGCGCAGGUGCUAAUAUAAUUUAAUGUCCAGUCAUUUAUUCCCGAAGUUAAUUAAUCAUUCACCCAUAAUUGUUUUUCACUGCUAAACCUUUAACCUACUCUAGCCUUUCAACCUAACCCAUAAUUGUUUUAACUUAAGCCCCCAAACCUAAACCUCUACCCUAACCUAUCCUUAUAACCGAAACCUCCAAACCUUAACCUUUAGCCUAUUUGGCUUGCACUAUAGUUCAGGUGUCAUUGCUAACAUGAACUGCAUGAAAAAAAAAAUAAGUUUGCAGGAUAUUAUUUUUUACAUAAAUUAUUUCAUUUAUUUCUUUUUGAUUAACUCAAUUUGCAACUAAUUUGCGCAGGUAAGAAGAAUUAAUAUUAAUUUCUUUCAAUUUACAACUAAUUUGGGCAGAUAAUAAGAAUUAAAAUGAAUUUCUACCAUCCAUUGAUACCGGAAAUGAGGCAUUGAACACAAUGUCGUGAGCCUCUCGUAUCACCAUAGUGCGUAUAGAAUACACAUUAUUUACUAGAAAGAAUCACGUAACGUAUUGGGUUAUUAUAGACUUAUAAAUAAUCAUAUUAUGUUUAUAUGUUAUUAUUGAGUUGUUAUAGACAAUAACAACCAUCACAUGUUUAGAUAAUAUUUUUAGUUAUUUUAGACAAAUAACCAUAUUAUGUUUAUAUGUUGUUAUUGAGUUGGUCUAAACAUAAACAACCAUCACAUGUUUAGAUAAUAUUUUUAGUUAUUUUAGACAAAUAAUCAUCAUAUGUUUAUAUGUUAUUUUUGAGUUAUUAUUACGCAUAAUUAACCAUCAACUUUACUGGUGCUAGUGCAAUUUUUAAGGAGCUGAAAAUUCCUUCUCUCUAAUUCUGUAAUCAAAUAAUAAUUCAUUUUACUAUAUCGGAAUUAUUGAUGAACUCAUGUGCAUUUUAUAUAACAAAUUUGCCUUAAUGCUGAUCGAGUUAAAAUUU